UCCAUAGUCCAUACUCCCUCCCACAUGAAAUCUUCUGGUCAUCACAUUUAUAAAUAAUCUUUUAUAUGGAUUUGGAUUUACAGGCACCACAUAUUUUGCUAACUAUGUGAAAACGUGAUUAAAAGUAGGGUUCAGCUUCAUCAUGCCACGACGAUGAAAUUUUCUCUUGUUUGAGAAAUUAUAAAUUUAAGAGGAGCAACCUACUACAGACACAUUGUGGCGGUUCUGCUGAGACUACCGGUGAUUUCUCUUCUCCGACAUGCUGAAUUCGAGGUAUGCUAUCCUCUUCAACUCACCUCGUACCUUGUCCUCCUCCACAACCUUCCUCGUUUUCUUCCCUUAUACGAGGUUCUACGCUCGUGGCCACCGCAAAAAGCUCGAUCAACUUCCAAACUUUGACAACAACAACGACCCAGUAGCUUCCUUCAACCGCAUGCUCCACCUUUCCCCACCACCACGCAUAUCGGAAAUGAACAAGGUUCUGGGCUCAAUGGUGAAGCUCAAGCGUUACAGCACUGUUGUCUCGCUUUAUGCUCGGUUGGAGUUCAAGGGAACCCCCAAACCCUCCCUUAUCACCAUGAGCAUCACCAUCAACUGUUUCUCCCAUUUGGGUCAAAUGGGGUUUGCUUUUUCAGUAUUGGGGAAGAUUCUCAAGAGGGGUUUUGAGUUGGACAGGCUAACCCUCACAACCCUCAUGAAGGGUUUGUGUUUGAAAGGUAGGACUGGGGAGGCAAUGGACUUGCAUGAUGAUUCUGUGUCUAAAGGGUUCAGGUUUGAUGAGGUUUGCUAUGGGACAUUGAUCAAUGGGUUGUGUAAAACUGGAAAAACUAGAGCUGCAAUGGAGUUGUUUUCAAAGAUGAAGAGGUUUGGAGUUUCCCCUAAUUUGAUCAUGUAUAAUACUGUUAUUGAUGGUCUUUGCAAAGAUGGACUUGUGGCUGAGGCUUGUGGUUUGUGUUCUGAAAUGGUUGCUAAGGGAAUAGCUCUUGAUAUUUACACCUACAAUUCUCUGAUUCAUGGUUUCUGCAGUGCUGGUCAGUUUCAAACAGCAGCUAAGUUGUUGAAUGAAAUGGUACGAGGAAAUGUCCAGCCUGAUGUGUAUACCUUUAAUAUACUGAUUGAUGGAUUGUGUAAACUUGGAAUGGUCACUGAAGCUGACAAUGUGUUUGCUGCAAUGAUCAAAAGAGGUCAGAAGCCUGAUGUUGUUAGUUACGAUGCUUUGAUGAAUGGUUAUUGUUUGUGCAACAAUGUAGAUAAGGCGAAAGAAGUGUUUGAUAAGAUGGUUGAGAGAGGUGUGUCGCCUACUGUUAUCAGUUAUUCUACUUUGAUUAAUGGAUAUUGCAAGUUUAAAAUGGUUGAUGAAGCCAUUAUGCUCUUAGCAGAAAUGCAUGAGAAAAAAUUAGUCCCUGAUACUGUGACUUAUAAUUGUCUUCUUGAUGGUUUGUCCAAAUCAGGAAGAAACUUGUAUGAGUCGGAUCUAGUUGAGGCGAUGCGUGCCAGUGGUCAACCCCCUGAUUUAAUCACUUAUAAUAUAUUGUUAGAUGGUUAUCUCAAACAUGAGGACCUUGACAAGGCAAGUGCCUUAUUUCAGCACAUGAUUGACAUGGGAAUUUCUCCAAAUAUACGCACAUAUAAUAUACUUAUUAACGGGCUUUGCAAGGGUGGAAGACUAAAUGCUGCAAAGGAAUUUUUUCAACGUCUUUCUGAGAAAGGUUGUCAUCCAAAUAUCCGAACAUAUAACACUAUGAUGAAUGGGCUUUGUAAAGAGGGUUUACUUGAUGAAGCCGAGGCGUUGCUUUUGGAAAUGGUUGAGAAUAAUUGCCUUCCAAAUGCUGUGACUUUUGAUCCCAUUGUUCGUGCUGUUCUAGAGAAAUAAUGGGAAUUGUUGAGGCAAAAACUUCAUGAAAUGGUUGCUGGGAUGUUUGACUUCGGGAAACUGAUAAGAAGAGAAGCAUACAAAGAUUGGGUACAAUAGAAGAUUUGGUACAACAGAACCGGCUAUUAUUAUUUGUUACAAUGAUUGGUUUCUGUGGUGUAGGUGUAUCAUCCAAAGAUCCAAGGGUGGAUGUCCACAAACCACUAAAAUCAAGUAUUUUUUUUCUUGGCCAUUCCUCAUUCACUGUUCUGUCAAAUUUGUUCUGGGGCCAUUCUGCAACGGUUCUGGAGUAGCUGGACCAAGCUGGGAAUGUUGAAUUGCAACGACUCAAUAAAGCUGCUUGUGAUGCCUUUCAUGAAGUUGCUUUUGUGGGGAUAAAUACUGAUGAAGAUUUAUUGAAAGACAUGCUACUUAUUUGAGUUCAAAGGUAUUUUAUGUAGACACAUCCUUUCCGUGCUUAAGCUCAGAGAUAAAACAUAGUCAGUGUCACCUUAUGUUUCCUCACAUUGGAGGAAGGAUAGUCAGUGCUACCUUAUGUUUCCUCACAUUGGAGGAAGGAUGUAAAAAGGAGGCACACACUUACUAGAUGUGGUUUUGAUCAUUUAGCUGGGAAUGUUGAAUUGCAACGACUCAAUAAAGCUUGUGAUGCCUUUCAUGAAGUUGUUUUUGCGGGGAUAAAUACUGAUGAAGAUUUAUUGAAAGUUAUGAAUUGGAUCAACAACUUAAAGAUAGAGUUAACUGGUAAUGAAGCAUCUUCAGGAACUUUUACAGGCACAACAACAUUUAGAUAACCAUCCCUCUGGUCUGAAUGAUCCGGCAACAUAAAAGAGCCAUGAAGAAACCACUACUGAGACAUGAGAGUCUUAUUUGCUACUUUCAAGUUUCAAUUGCAUAGAUGUUGAUGAUGUUAAAAGAAGAGAUUACUUUUGGUAUUAUUUGCUUAGGUUUUUUAUCAGAUUAUUAAUUUCGAAAUGUAACCUGAAUCUAGUUAUCUAGUUAUUUAUUUAUAAUGUUUAUAUUUGGUCUUGAACCUUGUUCAGAUUCUGGUGUUCAAAUUUGGUCUCAUUACUUGUUCA